AUGUAUCCGCUCUCAAUUCACACUCCCGGCUGGCACGGCGAAGGCAAGACCCCCGUCGUAGAUGGGAAAUACAUCGACCGCAAGACUGGAAAGCUCUGCACUGCCGCCGACGAUGACCACCAAGAGUACGAAGGCCCGCCCGCCGUCGAUGUCAUCGUCAAGAGCCAGCACGCGGACACUACUCACUGCACCUAUCGCCAGGCCCUCGCGUACCCGAUGGAAGCCAUCCUGGCCUGCAUGAUGAAGGUUGUCGCCAAGGAAAAGCUCGAAAUCGACUCGGUCAUGGCGACGCCGUACGCGAUCCGAAUCAUCAUCUCGCAUGAACUGACGGAGAACAAGUUUUAUGAGCUUGCUAUGAGCAUGUGUAAUGAUGUGGAUGUGGAGCCUGCCUAA